UCCAUUCAUGACGCCGCGUGCCGUGCCAAGCUGAGUCCUGAGGAUCCAAAAACGAGCUGGAAAUCAUUCAGUGUCCUCAAAAACUAAGAGAGAGAGGCCAGGGGCUGAGAAGAGACGAAACAUACAAAAGGGCACAGGAGGCCAACAUACGCCUUUCAUUGAGUGCCUGCGACCCUCGCCUGCUUCUCACAUCAUACUUUGGAGUCCAGUCUACUCAUUCUCCUGACGCCGACAGGAGACGGGGCUGAAGUGAAAUGCACCAGGCCACCCAGCAAAAUCGCUGAUCAACCUGGGCAGAACUCUAAUUCUCAUUCUUCUGUCCCUUUCCACUGUUUCCUGUGCCUUUCAGAUUGUGGACAGUCCUACAAAAGAGGAAGAAGUAAUGGAUUCCUUCUGGGGGUGGAGAGAACAAAAAACGUUUCCGGAAUGACCCCCAGGACUCACCACUAACGAUGAGGUCAUCAGUUGUAGCCCAGUCCAGCCUCCUGCGGCCUGGGCAGCCUGACUCAUCUGCUCAGCAACACGUGGCGUGGCGGUAGCUCAGCCCUGCCUGGCCCUCUGGCUAUUGCUGGUCUGCCACAAGGUUGUGUUUUUCCUCUCUUGGCCUAACCAGAGUUUAUUCCCAGAAGCCUUUCCUGCAGGUUUCACCCGUUUGUUCCGGCCUCCUCCCUGGCUCUUUCUGCACAGUAAAACAGCUAACGUUACGGAGUGGCUACCGGAUCUUGGACGCAGUACAUUCAACUCACAUAGGCACGAACAAGAGAACCUCACUCUGGAUCCCAAAUCACAUGUAAUUGUGUUUCCUUGGGCUUGUGUGGCUGUGACAGUUGCUCCUGAUUUCCUUGUUUUUGAGGAGUACUGGUUGGGAGCAGAUUAUGGAUAACAGUUCUUUUAAUUAAUCUGUCGUCAUGGCUACUGAAGGCUGUUCUAAGACUAGUGAUAGUCCUUUUUCAUCAGAUAAACAUGCCCAACUCAUCUUAGCUCAGAUCAAUAAAAUGAGGAAUGGACAGCAUUUCUGUGAUGUCCAGCUGCAAGUUGGGCAGGAAACUUUUCAAGUUCAUCGGCUGGUUUUGGCUGCCAGCAGUCCUUACUUUGCAGCUUUGUUCACUGGAGGAAUGAAGGAGUCCUCAAAAGAUGUUGUAGAGAUUCUAGGGAUUGAAGCUGGAAUCUUUCGGAUACUUCUAGAUUUUAUUUACACAGGUAUAGUGAACAUAGGUGUGAAUAAUGUUCAAGAGUUGAUUGUUGCAGCAGACAUGCUACAGUUGACUGAAGUUGUUAAUCUUUGCUGUGGAUUUCUGAAAGGACAAAUUGAUCCACUGAACUGCAUUGGGAUCUUUCAGUUCGCUGAGCAAAUUGCUUGCCAUGAUCUUUUGGAAUUCACAGAAAACUACAUUCAUGUCCAUUUCCUGGAGGUUCAUAGUGGGGAAGAAUUCCUGGCACUUACAAAAGAUCAGCUGAUCAAAAUUUUACGAAGUGAAGAACUUAGCAUUGAGGAUGAAUACCAAGUCUUCUUAGCCGCAAUGCAGUGGAUUCUGAAAGAUCUGGGAAAGAGAAGAAAACAUGUGGUGGAAGUGCUAGACCCGAUUCGAUUUCCUUUAUUACCAUCUCAGAGGCUUUUAAAGUAUAUAGAAGGAGUAUCUGAUUUUAAUCUUCGUGUUGCAUUGCAAACACUUUUGAAAGAGUACUGUGAGGUGUGCAAGUCUCCCAAAGAAAACAAGUUUUGCAGUUUUCUACAAACGUCCAAGGUUCGACCUCGGAAGAAAGCAAGAAAGUACCUGUAUGCAGUAGGUGGAUAUACUCGGCUACAAGGUGGUCGUUGGAGUGAUAGCAGAGCCCUCAGCUGUGUAGAACGUUUUGACACCUUUAGCCAGUACUGGACCACUGUGUCUUCACUUCAUCAGGCUCGAUGUGGGCUGGGAGUAGCAGUUCUGGGAGGGAUGGUCUACGCGAUUGGAGGCAGACUGGACAGUGAGAGAGAGAGACAGAGAGAAAGGUCUUCCUUUUCCGUUGGUUCACCCCGCAAUCGCGCUGAUCCGAAGGCAGAGAGCCAGAUUUAUUUAUUUGAAAGUCAGAGUUACACAGAGAGAGAAGAGGCAGAGAGAGAAAGAGGUCUUCCAUCCAGUGGUUCACUCCCCAAUUGGUUGCAACGGCCAGAGCUGCGCUUAUCCGGAGCCAGGAGCCAGGAGCUUCUUCCGGGUCUCCCACGUGAAAAAGAUUCGAUGAUUUUUGACUGCACUGAAUGCUAUGAUCCUGUUACUAAACAGUGGACAACUGUAGCUUCGAUGAAUCAUCCUCGCUGUGGCUUGGGAGUGUGUGUGUGUUAUGGGGCUAUCUUUGCAUUGGGUGGUUGGGUUGGAGCUGAAAUAGGGAACACCAUUGAGCGAUUUGAUCCUGAUGAAAAUAAGUGGGAAGUAGUUGGCAACAUGGCUGUGUCACGUUACUACUUCGGGUGUUGUGAAAUGCAAGGUUUAAUAUAUGUAAUUGGGGGCAUCAGCAAUGAAGGAAUAGAGCUUCGUUCUUUUGAAGUUUAUGACCCACUUUCUAAGCGUUGGUCUCCACUUCCUCCAAUGGGAACCAGGAGAGCAUAUCUUGGGGUGGCUGCACUCAAUGACUGCAUUUAUUCUGUUGGAGGGUGGAAUGAGACACAAGAUGCUCUUCAUACUGUAGAAAAAUACUCCUUUGAAGAGGAAAAGUGGGUUGAAGUUGCUUCAAUGAAAGUGCCUAGAGCAGGCAUGUGUGUUGUAGCAGUCAAUGGUCUUCUGUAUGUUUCUGGAGGUCGAACUUCCAGCCAUGAUUUCUUGGCCCCAGGUACCUUGGACUCCGUGGAAGUUUAUAACCCUCAUUCUGAUACAUGGACAGAAAUUGGUAACAUGAUCACCAGUCGUUGUGAAGGAGGUGUUGCUGUGCUAUGAAAUAUAAAGUACAAGGGAACACAAGGAACAUUUUGAAAAUGCAAGAUCUGACCUUUUGCAAAUCAAACAUAUUUGAUAUUAGGACCCUCUGAUUCUAUUGUAUUUUACAUGCAUUUGGUAGAUAAAUGACAAAAGAGUGAUUUUUCUAAAAAGCCAGGGGAGAUAUGAAAUAUAUCCUAAGUUAAUAAAGAGCUCACACAAACUUGCCAAGCUUGUCAACAAUAGAAAUUAAUUUCUGGACAAAUAAACUUGUCCAGCAGUUUCAUUUGUAAAACUCUUUGUUAGAGGCUCUGUGGCAAAUAGUCUCUCUUACAUAACCUAUAUAUGAUAUAGGAAUAAUAUCAGUAAGACAGGUUUUGUUUUGUUUUUGUUUUUUUUUUUGACAGGCAGAGAUAGAGAGAGACAGAGAGAAAGGUCUUCCUUGCGUUGUUUCACCCCCCAGAUGGCCGCUACGGCCGGCGCUGCACUGAUCUGAAGCCAGGAGCCAGGUGCCUCGUCCUGGUCUCCCAUGUGGGUGCAGGGCCCAAGCACUUGGGCCAUCCUCCACUGCCUUUCCAGGCUACAGCAGAGAGCAGGACUGGAAAAGGAGCAACCGGGACAGAAUCCGGCACCCUAACCAGGACUAGAACCCAGAGUGCCAGCUCUGCAGGCAGAAGAUUAGCCUGGUGAGCCGUGGAGCCGGCCCAGUGAGACAGUUUUAAAACUUUUCACUGAUGAUUUAACCCAGAGCACAAUUUUCCAUGAUGGUAGUUUACCCUAUAGAAAGCCAAUGAAACAACUUCUCACUUUUAUUUGAUGGCAGAACUUUUCAACAGUUAAACCUUUUGUUGGCAGCAGAUAGACUUGGGAGGGGUAUGUGGGAAAUAUUUACCAUUUAUAUAGAUGUAUUUGCUUGUUGCUAACACCUAAGAAAAUCUUUUGCUCCCCCAUUAUUUUUGUCUUGAUUUUGAGAAUGCAAGUGCAGAAUUAAUUGGAGGUUCUUAAUGAUUUGAUAAUACUAGGAUGUUGUAAUGGGUGAUAGAGCUCAUCAGGCAUUUAGUAUUAUGCAUUUAGAAAUUUCUUCUUUGUUUUUGAGACAAUCAUCAAAAUUAUAUGGAUGGCUUCAGGAAGAGGAAAUUUGAUUAGAUUAUCGUGCUCUGUGAAUCUGCUCGUACUUGGGCAAGCCUGAAAACUGACUUACUACAAAGCUGCCGCUUGGCUUGGAGAAGGCUCAGUUAUAGGUACAGAUUGAGUAUCCCUAAUCCAGAAAUCUGAAAUCUAGCUUUUUGAGUGCUGACAUGAUGCCAGAAUUUAGAGCAAUUUGAAUUUUGGGAUGAGGGAUGCUCAACUAGUGUAGUCUAUGUAAAUAUUCCAAAAUAUGAAAAACUCAAAACUUUUUCCCCAGAAAAACAUUCAACAGAAUUGUUUUGUUCAUUCCUGAGAGGAAGAUUCAUCUUUUGUGUGGGAACAUUACUUAUAAAUUAUUCUUACUGGCCAGUUAUUAAAGGUCUUGAAUACAUUAAGGUUUAACUUGCUGACUAAAGGAUUUGAGUUCUUAUUUACUGAGAUCCUUCAGUAUAUUGUUGGAAGCAUCAGCAACUUAACAUAGAAAAUCUUUGGACAGCAUUAAAAACUCAGGUAGCACUCAUAUCUAAAAUAUUUGGUUUGGCCCACAGUAUACUUUCUUUCAUAAAUUAACUAUUUGCAUGUUAUAAAGUGUAGACUAUUUAAGAUCUCACUUAUGUGCCUUUACUAUUUCUUGUUACAGACAAUCUGUAUUUUGUUUCAAAACAGAAUUACAAAAUACUCCUACAAUUAAUUCUCACUAUCGCAUAGUACCAACCUAAAAUGGCACUGUGAAGAGAGCUGUUUUGCACUGCCAUGGCAGAAAUGUUAAUGCCAAGACAUUCGGUGUUUGGGUUUAAUAAAUCCAGAAGAUCCCUGAAAAUAGGUCAUUGCAGAUAUGCUUAUUAUUUCCUAGGUAAUGAAAAGAAUGUACUAAUAAAAUAUCUGGGUUCUUUUCUUUACUUGUGUUAUUAACUUAGUUUGUUAGCAGUAUCCCUGAAUCACCAUAUUGUGGUAGGACUGCAUGAGGUUUUUGUUUGUUUGUUUUUUAGCUUGUUUUAUCGUUUGGAAAGUAUACACUGAUUUGUACAUUUAAUUCCAUUUUCUGAUCAGCCAUUAAAGUGUUCAUCCUCCAACUGUGUGACAAU